UAGAUAGGUGAAAUAGAACAACUUGACCAAAUUUGGAAUCUACGUGGAGCUGGUAUCCAAUAAUUUUGUUGUAAGCAUGGCAUUAACUUUUGGAGUAGAAAAGGGUCAGCCAUGUCUGUGUCAGUCACAGCAAUCAAAAGAUAAGAAGAAUCACAAUUCACAGCACACCCACCAUUAAAAUUCCUCCGGAAAAUGAAAACCAGUGCCGCCGCCGAGAUUGUUCCGGUCCAAGGUGGCCAUAUCAUCCGCUCCACCGCCCGGAAAGACCGCCAUAGCAAGGUCUUCACCGCCAAAGGCCCUCGCGACCGCCGGGUGAGAUUGUCGGCUCACACCGCCAUCCGAUUCUACGACGUGCAAGACCAGUUGGGUUAUGAUCGGCCCAGUAAAGCCGUCGAUUGGCUAAUCAAGAAGGCGAAAUUUGCCAUUGACAAGCUUCGAGAGCUUCCUCCUUAUUCCCCUAUAGCCCAUGGCUUCGCUGACCCAAAUCGGAAAACAGGGGAAAGGGAAACAGAGUCCACUGAGUUACAAUCCGCCGUCGGACACUUUGCUCCGUCGCUUGAACCAUUCUUUCCGACGACCUCUGCCACCACUUCCAUCAAUUUCCAGGGCUAUCCGGUGGAUUUGAUUCUGACACCCACUGACCCACCUCGAGAUCUCGCCCUAUCUCUCCAUAAUUUUCACGAUUCACGCUUAAUUCCGUCGGAGCAAAAUGCAAACUCUUCGCCGGGAAAUUACCAACGGCUCAUCGGUGAUUCGAUUCCGGCAGGGUACGAAGGAGGCGACGCCGGGCUGUGGCUGCAGCAACCAUUGAUGGAGCAAAAUUCGACGGCGGCGUUUUCCCAGGUUCCGAUGCAUGGUUGGAGCAAUCAGAUUCGUCAGUCGGCGGGGCACGGCGGCCGAUUCGAGGGCCCGUCGGAGUUCUGUACGCCGUCACGGAUUCGAGGUGAAGGUGUGGAAGACGGCGUCGUUUCGGGGAGUCAUUCGUCGUCUCCGAAUUAUCACCGGUAGAUUUGAUUUUAUUCCAAUUUCAAUUUACUAAAAGGAUUAUGGAUAAUGUAAUAAAAUUCGAAUUUUUAAAUUAUUUAUUGAUUUAUAUUUUUUCGU